GUAAAGUGGAGAAUCAGCCAGAGAAACAAAUCUUUUAGUACUGAAAUUUUCAAAUCCCACUGUGAUUUUAGUUGAAGUGCGAUAUGUGAGAAAACGUAUCGGUACAAAUCGUUGUUACAAUCGCAAAUGAAGAAGCAGCACUGCAAAAUGGAUUAUCUAUGAUCUGGUUUUGCGAAUAUACCACUGAUAAAGGUUUAACUUAACCGCUCAAAAGGAAGCAAUUUGAAAUCGCUUGAAGCUGUGUUCUAGAAAGCUUGUUGCCUGGCAUACCUCUGUGUAGUCCUUCUAUUCGAAAUGUCUGUAGUCGAAGUUGACAUCUGGUAAAAAAACAACAGUUUCUCCUGUAAACAAGCGUUGUGUACGUACAAAAUGGGUAAAAAACGGCGCGAUAUAAACAGCAUUUGCCGUUUAUGUUUGUGCGAGGAUGAAAAUAUUCUGUUUCCUGCCACUAAAUUCACCGAUGCCACACUGACCGUCGAUGAUAUAGAGCGAUUUACCGGAAUACGGGUUAUAUCGAGGAAAAGCACACCCUAUGCUGUUUGCAUCGACUGUAAGAACAAAUUGAAAAAAAUAAAAAAUUAUCGAUCAUCCUGUUUGAGGAAUGAUGCCAAGUUUAGGAGACUGUUUGCGGUGGCGGUUGUGGAUAUUACAGAAGCGACAGCAGAUUCUGUAAACACACAACUUGCCACUGAUGUGUGUAAUGGUAUCACUCCCAGCGUCACCAUCGCCGAUGACAAUAUGACAUGUAUGGCCAUUGAUGAAACGAUAGAAAUCACAGAAAUCGAAGAAAAUUCAUGUGAUUCCUUAACGGGUGCAGAUAAAGAAACGUAUAUACAAGAACCUCCGGAUAGAAAUGAAUCUCCAUUCGAGACUACAGAUCAGCCGGACACACCGAGACGUCCAUUUUGGCUAACCUCUAUCAACAAUGCUACUGCUACAGCCCCAACUAACGAAGUGAAGAAGCCAAAGGAACUGUGUAUGGAGUGUGGCAAAUUGGUAUCAUCCUUAGCACCACACAUGCUGACACAUACGAAAGAAUUAAAUUUUGCUUGCGAGUAUUGUUCGAAGAAAUAUAGCAGAAAAUCGUACCUAAAGCAACACGUGCUAUGUGUACACUUGAAAAAGAUCGUAAAGACAUGCAAAAUAUGCGAUAAAGGGUUCAGUUACUUUGACUCCUACGUAGCCCAUAUGCGAGCAAAACAUAAUUUCGGAGAACCGUUUGAAUGUAAAGUAUGUAAUCUGAAAUUUCGACAUCGAGGUGGGUUAAGAAACCACACGAAUCGGAAGCACAACAUUGCGAGCAACUGCGAAUGUUCGAUUUGCGGCAUGAAGUUCCUAGACAAGAAGGGUCUAAAGAAUCACGGCAAAGUACAUUCGGAUGAGCAACCGUUUGCUUGCCAUUAUUGCCCGAAGCGAUUCAAAUGUCCUAAGUCUCGAAAGACGCAUCAUCUGAUUCACGAGGGUGUUAAGUUUCCUUGCACGUUGUGUGAUAAAAUUUACGCAUACAAAACAUUGCUUAAUUCGCACAUAAGAAAAGCACACACAACAGAAGAUACUGCUAGUGUGGAAAAUUCCUAAUUCCAAUUGUAAUUUUCUUUUGUUUUCUUAUUUGUUGCUUUGCGUUCUGGAAAAUAAAUGAUUUAAACCAAAAAUCAUUGCUCGUAAAUUUCAUUCCUAGGAUAAUCGGCACAUACUGAGGA